UCAGUGCGCAAAGGGUGGGGAAAGGAAGAACAGAUAGACGGGUGAAGCCAUUUAACUAUUCAAGUGAGGUUUUGUUUUUACGCUGUGAAGAGCAUCAAGGGCUCGAUAGUCCCUGCGCGCCGUCCGUUUUGUUUUGACCCUCCCCGGCUCCCGUAGCGAGACAGCUGUGUGGUUAGCAGGGAGGAAGCCAGCGAGAUGGCGGUGGUGUGUGCUGCGGCACGGAGGCUCUCGGGGGUUUUAAGAUCUUUCUGUCCUUUGGCCCCUCAGGCCUAUAACAGCUCUUGCAGCGUCCGCCCUAUUUGUCGGCUGUCUUCACUUCACAUCACCCAUGGGCAGAUAUCAACAAUCUCUACCAGAAAACCUCUUCUGUUUGUUGGAAGUGGGCAUUCAGUCUCAAUUUUGAACAGUGUAACACCUCUGCUUCAAAGUAUUCUUCAUCAGCAAGUAAGGACUCUCAUCAAAUUCAGCUUGCGAAAAGGAAAAAAGAAAACUGUAAAAGCUGUGGUUAAAAGAUUUCUCCGACUGCACAGUGGCCUUUGGCUAAGGAGAAGGGCUGGUUACAAGAAAAAGCUGUGGAAAAAAAGUCCUAGGCGGAAGAAGCGUUUGAGGGAACACGUAUUCUGCAAUAAAACACAGUCUAAGCUCCUUGAUAAAAUGACCUCUUCCUUCUGGAAAAGAAGAAACUGGUACGUCGAUGAUCCUUACCAGAACUACCACGAUCGUACAAACCUUAAGUUGUAAAUUGUCGAAUGCAUACCUGCCGUUCUUUAUAUGCCGGUCCAGAAAUUAAGUGCUUCAAGUUUAUUAUUUUUCCAUUCAUCUGUCCAAGAACCAAAUGCACAGUUUCUGUUAAUUUACUGGUGCAAAAUAAACCAUUAGUCUGACUACUCUGAA